AUGGAAAAUAAUCUAAAUGAUAUUGCAUUGAUUGAUGGAUUUGAAAAACAGCCGAGUAGAUACGAAGAUAUAGAUACAAAUAUAGACUCAACAUCAGCAACAGGCAAGAGCUCAGAAAGAUUAAUAAUAAAGAAUCUUGAAAGUCGACUAGAAGAGAUGUCGUUUGAACUUGUGGCUGCACGACAGGAAUUAUCAGAUAAGGAUUUAAUGUUUGAAGAACGAAUAGCCUCAAUAAAGAUUGAGAAUGAAAGAUUUCUAACGUUGGAACGACUAGUGCAGUCCUGUAGUGAGAGGUAUUCUAGCUUUGAAAAUGAUCUUCGAACUCGUCAAGAGAAUAAGUCGAUAGGAACGCAAACGAAUAUUGUGGAGAAAAGAGAUUCCUUAUACUCAUCGGAUAAGGGAUUGGAUAAGUCUAUAAAUAAAUCUCUCGAAUUUCAUCAAAAAGAGAUGUCUAAUAAGCUUGAUUCUGUAAGAAAACAGCGAGCAGAUGACGCGGGAGACAAUGAUAAACAAAUCGCAUCAAUACAGAUUAAGCAUGACAGGUUUCAUGCCUUGGAGGAAAAUUUGCACUCCGGCAACGAGAGGUGUUCAAUGUUAGAGAGUUUUCUUCAAAAUCCUCCAAUGUUUAGUGAAUGUGGAACGGAAACCAGUGCCGAGGAUAUCCUUAUAACAACUAUAGAUUCAUCAUCUGCAACUGAUGAAGGUUUUGAUUUCUCCGCCACUAAGUCUCUCAAAUCUCGACUUGAGGAGAUCUCCUCUGAACUAGUUUCUACAAGACAACAGCUCUCAGAUCAAGCUUUAGCAUAUGAUGAUCUAAAAGCAUCAAUGCAGAUUGAGAAUAACAGAUUUCAUACAUUGGAGGAUAAUUUGGAGUCCACCAACGAGAUGGGUUCAAUGUUAGAGAGUGAUCUUCGUAAUCUUACAGAGUAUAAUGUAUGUGGAACGCAAACCAGUGCCGAGGAUAUCAUUAUAUCGACAAGAGAUUCAUCAUCUGCAACUGAUGAAGGUUUUGAUUUCUCCGCAACUAAGUCUCUCGAAUCUCGACUUGAAGAGAUCUCCUCUGAACUAGCUUCUGCAAAACAACAGCUCUCAGAUCAAGCUUUAGCCUAUGACGAUCGAAUAGCAUCAAUGCAGAUUGAGAAUGACAGAUUUCAUGUAUUGGAGCGACUUUUGCAGUCAUGUGACGAGAGGUGUUCGGUGUUAGAAAGUGAUCUUCGAAAGCCUGUAUUGUUUAGUGUAUGUGGAACGCAAACCAAGGCCAAGGAUAUCAUUAUAUCGACAAGAGAUUCAUCAUCUGCAACUAAUGAAGGUUUUGAUUUCUACGCCACUAAGUCUCUCGAAUCUCGACUUGAAGAGAUCUCCUCUGAACUAGCUUCUGCAAGACAACAGCUCUCAGAUCAAGCUUUA